AUUUACUUUCACAAUUGUUUCCUGAAAGUAGCGCAGCACCACCCAUCAAGGAAGUACACGUCACGUCAGAACGAACACUUACAGGCAGUUAUUAUUAUUAUUAUCAAACAUAAACAGCCCCUGUUUUACACACGUCCUCUCUGGACAGUCUGGAUGGCUGCAUCCCAGUUCAUGGAGACGAUUUCCAGUGAAGAUGAAGACCAAGACCUGAUUGAGCUGGAAGCUAUUAGGAGGCCAUACAGAGCAGUCAAAUUUGAUCUGACACAUGCAAAUCAAGAAGACUUAGAAGCACAGCAUUACCAUGAGCCCAAACACACCAAUGCCCUGCACAGGAAUAACUGGUCCUCUUCAACCCAGAGGGUCCUGUCUUCCAUGCCUAGUCGCUCUAUCAGAUUUAAUCAGUCGACUGCGCUCUCCCGAUCCACAGAGACGCGUAGAAGACGACCUCUUAGCAUUGUGUCCACCGCUCGCUGCACUACAGAGCAGGAUGUCUUCAGAGAACAGGACGACUGCAAGAAUGAUGUGACCCAACAGGAAGAGCUGCUAAACAAACUACAAGGUUUGUCUGCUGGUGAAUGUGUGCGUGUGUUGCGUGAAAUGCCCCUUAGUGUCUCUGAGAAGCGUCAGAUCAGAGCUCUGGUCUUCUGUUGGGAGGCUGGGCAGCCUCUCUCUGCUAACAGAGCCCUGUGCUGUCAUCAGUUUAAAACUUGGUUCUUGAAGGUUUUGUGUGGUUGGUGCUAUGGUAGAGUCUCCCAGCAGAAAUCCAUACAGCUCUGGCAGGGAGUGCUCAAAAACAUCAGCGCUCACUUCGGCACCGGGGUUCUGUCUUAUUUCAUCUUCCUCAGAAGACUGUUACAUUUCAACAUCCUCCUCUUCCUCAUCAAUGGCCUUUUCCUGAUCCUACCACAAAUCUCAAAUCCCCCAUCGCCAAAAAACAAACACACAACCACAGCUGACCUCUGGAUGCUUACUGGCAUGGGCGUCCUCACAGACUCUGUGAUGUUUUAUGGCCACUAUGCCAACUCCACCAAUGAAAACUGCCAAGCUGAAACUAAACUGUGUCCAGAAAAUUACAACAUACCACUGGCAUAUAUUUUUACUAUUGGAGCAGGCAUGUUUAUCACAUGUGUACUGCUUGUUUACAGUAUGUCUAAAUCAUUCGGAAAGAGUUUCCGCGUAUUCAAGACUACUGGUAACCUUGCUUUAAAGGUUUUCUGCUCUUGGGAUUUUAAAGUCAGCAAGAAACGGUCCGUUAAACUGCAGUCGGUGAACAUCUGCACUCAGCUGAAGGAGAUGCUGUCUGAGCUCAGCUGCAGAAAACCGAAGAGGAACUUGUGUUCAACUUUGUGCUGGUUGAGUCUACACUUUCUUGUAUGGUCCAUUUGCCUCUUUUGCAUAGCUGCCUGCAUGCUGGCUGUUUACUACUUACACCCUUACAUUGACCAGGGCAGUUCCAAGGCAAACUCUUUUCAGAAAGCUGUCGGUUUGCUGAAACUGCCUUUGGUCGUGUCAUGCGUCAGUCACCUACUGCCUGGUUUCUUCGACAUGUUAUCCAGGGUGGAGCGUUACAACUUCCCGAGCACUCAGAUUUACGUGUCCAUUGUAAGGAACCUGUUGUUGAAGGGUUGCAUUUUUAGUGUAUUGUGUUACUACUGGCUCAAGAAAAUUUCUGGCAGGAAGAAUGGACGAAAUACACGGCAGUGCUGGGAGACACUGGUUGGUCAAGAGCUUUACCGUUUGGUUUUAAUGGAUCUGCUAUUUGCAAUGUCAUACAUCAUCUUAGCGGAGUUUCUGUGGGGGUUUUGUAUUAGAAACAUCACAUUAAGAAAAAGGAAACUAGAGUUUGACAUCGCACGAGAUGUUCUGGAGCUCAUCUACGGCCAAACACUUGUGUGGUUUGGUGUGCUGUUUUCACCGCUCUUGCCUGCAGUGCAAAUUGGGAAACUGUUUCUACUGUUCUACUUCAAAAAGUCGAGUUUGAUGAUGAACUUCCAACCACCCAGGAAACACUGGAGGGCCACUCAGAUGAGCACAUUCUUCAUCAAACUCCUGUUUUUCCCCUCCUUCACUGGGGCCCUUGCAUGUGUCAUUUAUACAAUGUGGAGGGUCAGGCCCUCAUCAGAUUGCGGGCCCUUUAGUAACCUCCACAGCAUGCUUCGCUUAGGCAAGAAGUGGAUCAGGGGCCUGGGCAGGUCAAAGCCCAGUAUGUUCUGGCUCAGCUGGGCUUAUAAUCACCUGGUGGACAACCCUUUGUUCCUCUUCAUCACUGCAGGCCUGUUCCUCACCAUUAUAUACAUUCACAUGCAAGUUUUGGAUGGCCAAAAGAUGAUCAUUGUAAGGUUACAAGAACAAAUAGACAAUGAGGGUGAAGAUAAGAAGUUCCUUAUAGCUAAACUACAGAGCCUCAAUGAGGCGAGUGCUCCACAGUAAGGAAGCCUGAAUUCUACAGAAAUGAAUUCAGAAGAAUACAUUGUGGAAACAACCUCAAAAAAUAUACCUGAGAAACCGGUGCGUCUUAUAUAGAACGCAAAUUGCACUGAUAUUUAGUAGUGUUAUUGUCAUUUAGUCAUAUAAAAAUAUUAAAUGAAAAGGUUCAUUUUUGCUUAUGGAAAUGUUUUUGUUUGUCAGUUUAUGUCACUGCAUAAAGGCUAUAUUUUUGUAUGGUUGAGGAUAUGAUAAUUUUUAAUA